GGUUUCUCGGUCGCUGUCCUCGUUGUUGGCAAAGAGGCGAACCCUCGCUGCUCCUCCUGCUCUUCCACUCUCGAGGGUUUCUGGGUGGAUUCGUCUCGGGCUUCUUCGAUUGGUCCGGCGACGUUGAGGUCACCGGUUUCUAGGGUUCGUUUGGAAGAAGAAUCGCUCAUCCGAUGCUUUAAUUUUGAUCCCCUUUCUCCAAUUUCGCAUCGUUCUUCGAUUUGGACAUGGGAGAUUGGCUGGAGCUCUGCCAGGCCGUGAUCAUCGGCCUCGUCUGCUCCUUUCUCAUAGCGAAGCUCAUCUCCGUUGCCAUCUCCUUCAAGGAGGACAACCUCAGGGUCGUGCGCGAGCAUGAACUGACCUCCCACACCCCGGGCGACGGUGGGCCUUCGUUGCUUGAUGUUUCGGAGAAGGCGGGAGAAGUAACGGCGCUCUUGGGCAAGGAGAAGGAGAGUCUUUUGGAUGACGACAGUGAUUGGGAAGGGAUCGAGAGCACGGAAUUGGAUGAAACCUUCAGUGCUGCCACAGCUUUUGUCGCUGCAACGGCUGCUGACAAGAAUUCUGCGAAGGUUUCAAAUGAUGUGCAGCUGCUGUUGUAUGGGCUGUACAAGAUUGCAACCGAGGGGCCAUGCACUGUGCCUCAGCCAUCUGCGCUAAAGAUGACUGCUCGUGCGAAGUGGAAUGCUUGGCAGAGAUUGGGUACUAUGCCCCCAGAAGAAGCUAUGCAGAUGUACAUCAUGAUUAUCAGUGACCUAUACCCUUCUUGGGCAGAUGGUUCCACCAAGAAAAAGAAUGACAAAGAUACUUUGCCAUCUAGUUCAACUGCAAAGGGAACUAUGGGGCCAGUUUUUAGCAGCUUUGUGCAUGAGGAAGAGUCAGAAACUGAUUCAAAGUUGGAACCAAUACAUGGGUUUGCUAGAGAUGGAGAAGCUGAUGCGCUAUUGGCUCUUAUUGCUAAUGGUGCUUUGGUGAAUUCUAGAGAUAGUGAAGGGAGGACUCCACUGCACUGGGCUGUAGAUCGUGGACAUUUUAGGGUUGUGGAAAUCCUUCUUAACAAGGAUGCAGAUGUGAAUGCUAAGGAAAACGAUGGACAGACCCCACUGCAUUACGCCGUCCUGUGCGAAAGAGAAGAAAUUGCUGAGCUGCUCAUCGAACACCACGCUGAUCAGCAUAUAAAGGAUAGCGAUGGCAGCUCACCACUUGAUCUAUGCGGAUCUCGAUGGGAUUUCAUGGCGACUUCAAAAUAAACAUUCUUCCAUCAACAAAUGUUGGAAGAUUUCAGUUGACUACAUUUAGAUAUUCACCAGCCUCCGAUGUUUACCGUGACGUGCUGCAAUGAGGUGAAAACUACUACUUUACCAUCUACAGUUCACAAGUUCUUUGUGGGAGUGCCAUGGAUUGUGUGCAUGUGUCAUAUUGAUCAGACUAGAAGCAUUUCCGCAGGUGUAACACAAAAUUAUUGUAUUGAACUGCUUUAUUCUUGUUGAAGAGGAUGUCUGAUGUUGUUCUGCUGAA